GUACCCCCUCCGUUGUUUAAGUGCAUCGGUAUGAUUGGCACAUAGUUUAGGAGGUUGAGGUGAAUAAAGUAUAAUAAUAUGCCAGUGGAAUUAGUGGUAGAUUCUUUAUUUGAAAAAUACGAUGGUGUGAGUUGGUGUGGGGACCUUUGGAGAGAAAAAAUAGUUUGGAGUAGGAACAUGUGAAGAGAGAGAUAAGUAAUAAAAAAUGGUAGAAAGUGAUACUCUUAAAACAAAGGAAAAAUUGAUAUUGAUAGCCACUUCACUUUUAAAGGUCCCAACUUUUGAUUAUUCUAGAGUGGUCUCAACUUUAUGGUGGGUUUUCCCAGAAUGGUCCUUCAGUUUAUUAAACUGUUAAUUAAGUUGAUUUAAGCAUAUCAUACUAUUCCAUUACUUCAUUUAAUUAAAAAGUAUGAUUAUUACACGAGAGAUGCGUCUUAAUUAAGUUAUUUAACACUUAAUUUUAACUAAGGGACCAUUUUUGGAAAGGACUCUCUACAGUUGGGACCACUCUGAGAUAUUCAAAAGUUGGGACCUUUUAAAGUAAAUCGGCCAUAGUUGAUACUGAUAACAUCAAUUUUUCCUAAAACAAAUGGUGGAUUAUGGGAAUUGAAAAUAGAGGAGUAUUUACUGUGCAACGAAGGGGGUCUACCACUAGCUUGUGCAUAUGCCAGUCCCUAUCCAUAUGUUUAUUGUCAAGGAAAAAGUUCUGCAAGGUGUUAUUUCUAUUUUUGGUUUGGUUGGUUUGGCCAAAGUUAUUUCUAUUGUUUAUCGAUUUUCAGUUUUUUAGCACCUUAUUUUUUCCCCUAAAGUGCUUAGGGUCUUUUUAUAAAAACUUAUUUUGACGUAUUUAUGACAAAAUAAGUUUAUUUAAGUUUUGAUAAGUUCAGACAAAGUAAGUUCAUGCAAAGGAUGUUUAUUAUUUUUUUUUUCUCGGCAAUUUUAGACAAAAUAAGUUUUUUAGACAACACAUAAGUUCUUUCAGAGAUAAAAUAAGUUAAGAUAACUUAAUUUCAGUCAAAAGCAGGUGAACUAAAUAGAGCCUUAGUAUGUAACAUGAUGGAGCUAUGUUGCUUAGAGUUUAGGUGUCAUGUUCGACAAGGUGUCGAAGAGUCCGGGUCCAUCCGACACUCCGACCCAAAAUUUAGACACCGUGGCACGGUCAGAGUAUGCCUUUCAUCUAAAGGUAUCUGAAUUCUUUCAGACUUUUUUUCAUACAAAAAGUUAUUGGAAAAUUGUAUACAGUGACCUCUUGGUUUUGAAAAAAAAAAAAUCAAUCUCUAAAGUGGCCUUGUAGUAUUUGUACAUUUCGUUAUGUGCCCUUACUUUUGUUUUAAUAGCUAACUUUUCAUUUAAUUUAACCUUAAUCCUAAAUUUCUAACCUACCUCGUAACACCCAUCUUUAUUAUCUUUGACUACCGCCCAUCCCACCACUAACCCAGCGGUAACCACCACUCUGACCACCGAAACACCUACCUAUCCUGCAAAACUACCAGCGAAACCUCUGAUUUAGCUCCUCACACUACCGCUUCCUAUCCAUUCCUCUUCAUCAGGCCUCUCCUUAACCAUCUGAUCGUAAUCAGCAGAGAGUUGAUCCAUCGAUCUGGCAGCAGCAGAAUUGAGUCAAGCAAGAAAUUAUGUGUCCAGUGCUGCUACACGAUUUUACACUUCUUCUCGGCAAGAUCUCUGUUGAUCUCUAGGGAUCCUGGCUUUUCUGUUCGGGUGGUUGACAAUGCAGAUGCAAGAGGUUGCUGGAGAACGUGGAGGCUAUCUUCAUGGAAGGGGUGCAUUAGACAGUGAUGACCUCCUCUAUCUAAAGGAGCAGAUGGAAGCUGAGGAAGAUGCCGAACGCCUUUUACGUCGCACUGAGAAACGAGCAUUUGCUGCUUUCAAAAGAGCGGCAAAUUUGGCAGAUUCUUCACCUGUACCGACUCCCUUGUCUCUUCGAGUUGAGCCCAAGCCAAAGAGUGGAAUAAGGCAGCAAGACCUGCUAAAGAAAGUAGUAGAGAUUAAACCGAAGCGAUCAAAGUUGUCAAACUCAUCUGAAGGUAAUCAGCCAAGUAUGGGUGUAACUGAAAUUGCUUCAUCAAAGCACAAGGUUGAGGAGCUUAAUGUAAAAGAAAGGGGUUCUCAGUUAUUAUCAAAUGAACAAGCCUCCCAAAAAGCAGAUAACACUGUAAAAUCUUUACUAGGAUUAGCAUAUGAAAGUUCUGAUAGUGAAGAUUGAUUUACUGUAUUAUUCUUGGACAUCAUUAUCCCAUAGUUGAGAAGAUGAAAUACAGUUUUCUAAAUUUGUAAGUUUUUUCAAUAUUCUGAAUGUUUUGUUCGUAUCUUUUUCUCUGGCAUAUCAAAACUUCAGAACGCCAAAGGCAGCUGAUUGAUCUUU